UCCGGUUGGCGGAACCUUUUUUCCUGCACGAUAUUUUUUUUAUUCAACUAUAUAGUUAUCUUGAUUUUCUAGUGCAUCACGAAUUAUGCGUACAGAAUAAAUUGUGUAGAAAACGUUCGUUAUUUCACUCCAAAUAAAAUUGCUAAAAUGGCUAUGAACACGUUUUUAACUUGAAAUGCCAUGUUCUAGAACAACGUUUUGCCUGAACCAGUUUUCUCGUCGUGUUAUCAAACCAUGGAAUGAAUUACCACAGUAUGUUGUAGAUGCUAAAACUGUAAUUGACUUCAAAAUAAGAUUAGAUAAGCACUGGCAGGGAGAAACUCCAUACAAAUUAAGACACUAAAACACUGGGCUGUAAAUUGAUUUUACAGCGAUAAUGACAAUAUAAUUAGAUCUGUCACCAUUUUAAUGAAUAAACUGUGAAGAAACAAAUUGAGCCGUACAGCAGCAAUUCCAUAAGAAGAGGGGCUUAAAAAGGGUUUUACACCCUUCCACCAGAGCCCAGAAUCAUCCUACAGGCAUUGAUGAUCUUGAAAGUUCAAAUGAAGAAAUCUGUCCGAUAAUAAUGGAAGAGAAUUAUCCCCAUCAACCACGAAGUCGAACUGAUGAAAGAACGUUACAACAAAAUCCUGAGGAAAACAGUUUACUUCCUGAAAGUAGUGAACAUCCUUCUAAUCAGCUUGAUAACGUGGGUAACUUGGCACAGUCAUUGUUAGAAUCAGCAACAGAAACAAAAAGUGUGCAAAAUUUGACUGGUUCCAUGCAAAAUUUAUUUCCCAAGAAUUUUCAAAAUUUGACUGGUUCUCCAUUUUUUGAAGACUCUUGCCCCCAAACCCGAGAAAAAGGUAGCAGACCUUUCAUGCCAAGAUGUCGUAGGGAUUCACAAAAUGAUUUAGAUAAUAUAUUUCAAACAGAACAAUCUCGUAUCAACAACAGAUACCAGCCAUACCAGUUCAAGAGCCCGAGAUAUUCACCUUGGCAAGGACAGUGUGGGGAUAUCCCAUCUCCGGUUUCAAAAUCAUUUAGAAAUAAUGAUACAGGAGAAAAUAUUUCACAGAGAAAAGAAAAGCCCUAUUCAGAAAACAAAAGAGAGAAAAAGGAGAAGAAAUCAGUUUCAACAAAAACUUUUGCUCAUGGAAUGAUGGAUGUUUCAUUGUUGACCAGCAAUGCUACACAACUCCGUGCAGUUCUAUCAAAUCCGGAAUAUGAAUUCUACACACUGUUGUUAUGGCUGAUAGGGCUUUCCAUAGUUUUACAAAUACUUUCUGCUGUGCUGUUAAUAAUGUCAGACUUUUUCAAAACUCAAGUGAAAGAAAAAGAUCGACAGAAUCAGCGGAAAAGAAAAGUACUGAAUUUUCUGUCAUUAACUUUAGUUACAAUCGUAAUGUCAUUGAAUGUUUUGAUCUCAGCAUUUUCCACGCCAUCUUAUCCUCAACAAAUAUCUCAACAGAAAGUGAAUGUGGAGGUUCCAGUAUUCUCAUCUCCAGACAUUCAUGGCGCACAUUCAGAGUUAUAGCAGUAGGAAAUCAUCUACAGACUACUAUUUGAGCCGCGCAGUCUGGUCAGGAUCCAUGCUGUUCGCUAAUGGUUUCUAUAAUUGCUAUAGGCUUUGAAAGUGAACAGCAUGGAUCCUGACCAGACUGCAUGAAUGUGCAGGCUGGUCUGGAUCCAUGCUGGUCGCAAGCCCACUAUGUUGGUUUUCUCAUGGUGCAGCUCAAAAUUUUGAUCUCACCUUUCCUAUAACAAGGUUCUUCAUUAAUUUCUGUGUUAUGUAUAAGAAAGUAGUAUUGAAGUUUAUAAACAUUCUUAAAUGUCCAAGAGUUGUGAUCAUGGUGAUAGGAACUUUGUAAUUAAUGUCCAAAAUAUUUUGUUUAGUUUUAUAUUAAUUGUCAAAUAUUAUCUUGAAGGGGGUAAUUUCCAUGUUUGACACAAAAAAGUUCAUUUUUAUACGCCCGAAGGGACGUAUUAUGUUACGGUCCCAGUGUCCGUCCAUUAGCAAUUUCGUUUCUGCUCUGUAACUCUUGAACCCCUUGAAGGAUUUCAAAGAAACUUUACACAAAUGUUCACCACACUGAGACGACAUGUUUUGGAUGUCUCAUGUCCACUCUGUAACUCUUGAACUGCUUGAAGGAUUUCAAAGAAACUUGGCACAAAUCUUCACCACACUGAGACAAAGUGCAGAGCACUUGUUUCGGAUGACUAGCUUCAAGGUCAAGGUCACACCUAGGAGUGAAAGGUCAUAUAUGACUUUGCUCUGUCUUUUGAACUGCUUGAAGGAUUUCAAAGAAAUUUGGCACAAAUGUUCACCACACCGAGGUGACGUGCAGAGCGCAUGUUUUGGAUGACUCGCUUCAAGGUCAAGGUCACACUUAGGGGUCAAAGGUCAUAUAUGACUUUGCUUUGUGAAUAUUGCCAUGCAUUACAGUGCUCUUGUUUUUAUUUGGCAGAUCCUUUUUGUUCUCUUACAAUAAUUUUUUUUUUAAUUACUUCCCUUUUUUGUUACUAUAAAUAGCUUAUUUUGAAACCUUUUUAUUAUUGGCAGUAGGGAAAAACCAAGACCACUUUUCUGUGGUACAACAUGGAUGGUACAUCCAAUUUUUAGAUGUAUUUUGACAUGACUUUACCUGGUAAGAAUUUUUUAUGGACUUAGAAAUUUUUUUUUGGAAUUUCUUCUUUUUGUUGUUCCUGUUCUUUGGGCUUCAACAGUCAAGCUCUUUAAAUUUUGCUCCCAUCCUCUGCUGUAACACUUCGGGCAUAUAUUGCUCCGCUUGGCUGCGCUCUUGUUCCAUGUUCCAUUUGUGGAUGAAUUGUUAAAACUGUUUCAUUAUUUUAGUUAGCAUAAAAGUUAGAUUUUCAUGCAAAAAAUUGUAUUAACUAUUACAUUUUAUAUUUUGCUUGAUUUAUACAUGCAGAAAAUACAUUUUUGGACAUGAAAUUGACUUAAUUGAGGAUACUUUAGAAAUUAUUUUAAUAUGCUUUUCUCUGUUAAAACACUCUUGCGCUAGAAUGAUGUCACAUUAACAUGCGGUCAGGUCAAAGUUUUUUUUGCGACCAAGAAAGAGCGCUAUUGUAUUUUAUCUACUGUUUUAGAAUAAGGGCAUAUUAAAUUCAGAAUCAAAAUAUAUUAUAGCAAAACAGUGUUUUAACACUAGUUAUACAUUCUGGCGGUAAAACGUUGUACAAAUAAUUUCACUUGGGCUGCGCCCUCGUGAAAUUAUUUAGCCCUACAUUUAACCGCCCAUUGUGCAUAAAUUGUGUUAAAACACUCUUUUGAUAUAAAUUAUUUCUUAAAUAAAAGAUCCACUACUAACACUUACAGAUGCAGUUCUCUUAUAUGUGAUUAUAAAUAAUUUUACCAGAAAAUUGCCACUUUGGCUGACAUGCUUGUGAUGAGCUGUUGUAAUCACUCACUAUCCGUCCGUCCGUCCACAAUUUUCUACAGGUAACAUCUACAGUACUCUUAAACUACUGGUGAGAAUUGUAUCAAAUUUGUCAGUAGCAUCCAUGCAUGGUCCACUAUAAAAAUUAUUGAAGUCUUUCUGCUUUGCCUUUUAUAGGAGCCAGCAAAGCUUAAAAUAGAAAAGAAAACUUGAAAUGACUUCUUAUGAACCGCUUGAUGGAUCUUCAUCAAACUUUAGUGUGUAGCAUUAUUGUAAGGUCUUCUGCCUGUUUUGUUCAGAUAAAAGUACUUGGCCCAUUUUAGGGGCCGCUAGAGCAAAAAUGGAAGUACUUUUAAAUGACUUAUCAUGUAUUGCUUGAUUGAUGCUUAGCCUUUCAUUUGAGGUAAAUAUAGAAACAUUGUUAAAUAACUUUUUCUUAUGAACCUCUUGAUGAAUGUUCCUCAGUUCUGUUCAUAUUGGGUCACUUGGCCCUAAAGCAGCCUCUAGAGCUAUUAAAAAGAAUUACCUUUAAACAACUUCAUCUCAUGUACAGUGUACAGUUUAUAGUACAUGGCAUCAUUGUAAGGUCCUCUCCUAAAUUUAUUUAAAUGUGGGGGGUGGUGAUAGGGGGCGCUUGGCUCCUUUUAGCAGCCACUAGAGUUAAAAAUAGAAAUACAUUUAAACAACUUGUACUUUUGAACCAAGAUGGUUCUCCAUUAAACUGGGUCCAUAGUAUCAUUCUAAGAUUCACUUUCAGAUUUGUUUAAUUGGAGACACCCAACUCAAAAGGGCCACUAGACAAAAAAAUCAAAAUAUCUUUAAUAACUUAUUCUCAUCUAUGGCUUGAUGGAUCUUCACAAAACCUGAUCUGUAGAGCAAAAUGUAGAAAUAGCUUUGAACAACCUCUUCUCAUGAACUGCUGGAUGCAGAAAACCAUUAUAAAAAGACCUUCAAAAACACUAUCAGCAAGCUCCAGUUGUGAGCAUGUGUGUUUCCACCUGAUUUUGAAGUAGUGGGUGAUCUGUUGCCUGUCUGUCACACAUUAAUUAAAUCAGCUUCUGCUGGAACUGACACAUGAAGUUAUACACUCUCUAGCCUGGUAAAGCUCCGAAACUCAGGUGAGCAAUCUAGGGCCAUCAUUACCCUCGUGUUAAAUUUUCUUUCAGUAUAAUCAAAAGCCAGUCUGUUCUGGAGAUUAAGUAGAUUGGUUCCAUUUAUUUCAUUUGGAAAUGCAAAUGGAAAUAUGACUGAAAGUGUAUCACAGUCUAGAAGCUAGUCUAGAAAUCACCAGACAGUAUAUUAAAGCAUAAUCAAAAAUUACAGCAGUAUUAUAAAUCAUGGAUUUUAACUGUAUUAUUAUUUUUAUACCCCCACAAAACAAAGUUUGGGUGGGGGGAGUAUAUAGGAGUGAGCUUGGCGGUCGGUCGGUCGUUCUGUCGGUUGGUUUUCAUGGUUUCCGGACAGUAACUCAAGAAAGGCUUGACAGAUUUUAUAAUAUUUUUUUUGUUGUAACAUCAGAAAAUACAGGUCAAAUUUGACUUUGAGGUCAGUAGGUCAAAGGUCAAGGACAUAGUGACCCUGAACAGUGAAAUGGUUUCCGGAUGAUAACUUGAGAACUCUUGGGCCUGAGUAUCAUAAAUUUUUGAACACAGGUGUAACAUGAUAAAAUACAAGUCAGGUUCGGCUUUGAGGUUAGUAGGUGAAAGGUCAAGGUCACAAUGACAUGAGACAGUUAAACAGUUUCCGGAUGAUAACUUGAGAACGCUUGGGCGUAGGAUCAUGAAAAUUGAUAGGGAGGUUGGUCAUGACCAGCUGAUGACCCUAAUUAUUUUGAGGUCAGUAGGUCACAGGUCAAUGUCAAAGUGACCAAGAACAUUUAAAUGUUUUUUUUGGACAAGAACUUCAGAAUGCUUGGGCUUAGGAUCACGAAACUUAAUAGGGAGGUUAGUCAUGACCAGCAGAUGACCCCUGUUGAUUUCAAGUUCAAAAGGUCAAAGUGACCUGAAACAUUUAAACCUUUUCCGGACAAUAACUUAAGAAUGCUUAUGUAGAGGAUCAUGAAACUAUAGGGAGGCCGAUCAUGACUAGCAGAUGACCUCUAUUGAUUUUGAGGUCAGUAGGUCAAAGGUCAAACAAAUUUGGCUUUGACAUUGGCUUAGUUCUGUGACCAGGCCAUAUUGUGGGAGUAUAAAUUGUCACUCCUGUGACAACUCUAGUUGGUUUUUUUAGCUCGACUGUUCGAAGAAUAGGGGAGCUAUCCUACUCGCCCCGGCCGGCGUGAGCGUCACACAAAUGUUAAAGUUUGCUUACCACCCCAAAUAUUUUCAAAGUCCAUUGAGAUAUUGCUUUGAUAUUUUGCAUACUUGUUUACCAUCAUGACCCCAGUCUGUAAAAAGGAGGAGGCAACUCUAUCAAGCAUUUUGAUUGAAUUAUGGCCCCUUUUCGACUUAGAAUAAAUGUUAAAGUUUGCGUACCACCCCAAAUAUUUUCAAAGUCCAUUGAGAUAUUGCUUUCAUAUUAUGCAUACUUGUUUACCAUCAUGACCCCAGCCUGUAAAAAGGAGGAGGCAACUCUAUCAAGCAUUUUGACUGAAAAAUGGCCCCUUUUCGACUUAGAAUAUGCUUAUUGUAAUGUUAAAGUUUUACUCAUUGCUUAUAUUAUACUAUCAAGCACUGAGAAUAGUCGAGCGCGCUGUCCACUGACAGCUCUUGUUUAUUUACAGAAGAGUUUAAUGUCAUUGGCUUGAACUUUUGUACUUUGACAGAUAUUUUUUCAAUUAUUUACAACUAUUUGCAAUUCUGUUUGCAAUUGUCAGUGAGCUAGUAUUUCAGAAACUACACAUCUAAAUAUAAUGACAUUCCACACACUUCCUCACUAUGAUAUUACCACAUUAAUUAUAUAGGUUCCAUAAGUCUUAUUUUCUUUGUGACAGAGUUUAUAAUUAUGUAUUUGACUUAUUUUUUCUAACAAAAUUCUAUUAAAUUGUGAUUGUCCGCUAGUGAGUUUCUCAGUAGGUACACAUUACAAGUUAGUGAUACUUUACACUUAACUUUAUCAUCAUUUAUUCCUUUGAGAGCUUUUUUCAACAACUUUGUUACUGUAAAAUCAUUUAAAAUCAUUUAAUUUCGUGGGCAUGCAAUUAUGUGGUUUUGGUAUAAACAUGCAAUUUCUUGGGGAGAUUAAUUCAUGGAUUUCAACUUUUGAGCAGAAAAUGAAUGGAAAGUUUACUUGUUCAUUUGGAUUAAAAAUCGUGGAUUGACUCAACCACGAAAUUAAGUCCCCCACGAAUAUUAAUGAUUUCACAGUAUAUCUUUUGACUCUUGUUUGUUAUCUAUGCAGUGAGUAGAUAUAUAAGUAUAAAUAGAUGGAUGCUUUUUAUUUUUUAUAUAAUUUACUGUUUUCCAUAUUGUCAUCAUAUUACUAUUUUGUUAUGUUUUUAUCUUUUCUAAUAAAAUGCUUUUGAAAACUAAA